CUUGUAAAAAACAGCUGGUGUGGGUGAGUUGAGGGGCUUGAGCCGAACGGUUGGUUGGUCAAUGGGGGAAACAACAACAAGCUAGGCAUCAUGAGGGUCCCUGAAACACUGAUAUGGGCCGCUUUUCUCAUCCAGAAGGUGGUGGGAGAAUACGGCAUGGCCCAUUUCAGUGACACGGGUAAGAGCAAAGGAAAGGAUUACUGCAUAUUCUUCAACUCCGAGUGGGCUCGUCUACCUCAGGACCUCAACAAGGCAUCACGUCUCCAGAUCCACGACUUGACAACAUCGGUCCUGUGUUCGGCCACCGACGUCCCGGAGGGAGGUUUCCCAAACCGCAUCCCCAUGGUGAUGAGAGGCAACUGCACGUUCUAUGAAAAAGUCCGACUGGCCCAGCUUAAUGGCGCCAAGGGCCUGCUCAUCGUCAGCAAGGACAGACUGACACCACCAGCAGGAAACAAGACUCAGUAUGAGGAGAUUGACAUUCCUGUAGCGCUGCUCAGCUACUCCGAUAUGCUGGAAAUAAGCAAGACCUUUGGGAAAGGGAGACUGGUGGCCAUGUACGCGCCCAAUGAGCCGGUGUUGGACUAUAACAUGGUGAUCAUCUUUUUGAUGGCGGUAGGAACAGUAGCUGUUGGAGGUUGCUGGGCAGGCAGCAGAGACCACAAGAAACGCUACAUGAAGCAUAAGCGGGACGACGGCGCAGAGAAGCAGGAUGAAGAGACCGUAGACGUCACGCCCAUCAUGAUCUGUGUGUUCGUGGUCAUGUGCUGCAGCAUGCUGGUGCUGCUCUACUUUUUCUACGACAGCCUCGCCAUUUGGGUCAUCGGCAUCUUCUGCGUGGCCUCCUCUGUUGGCCUCCACAGUUGCCUUUGGCCUUUUGUCAAGAGACUUCCUUUCUGCAAGUGCAGGGUUCCAGAGAACAACUUGCCGUACUUACACAAACGACCACAGAUCCGCAUGUUGCUGCUGUCCGCGGUCUGCAUCGGUGUCAGCAUCACCUGGAUGGUGUUCCGCAAUGAAGACCAGUGGGCGUGGGUGUUACAGGACGCCCUGGGGAUCGCCUUCUGCCUCUACAUGCUCAAAACCGUCAGGCUCCCCACGUUUAAGGCUUGCACCUUACUGCUGUCGGUGCUUUUUGUGUACGAUGUUUUCUUUGUAUUUAUUACUCCCUUCUUCACAAAGACUGGGCAAAGUAUAAUGGUGGAGGUAGCGGCUGGUCCCUCAGAUUCCUCCACGCAUGAAAAGCUCCCCAUGGUGCUCAAAGUGCCACGGUUAAACUCCUCUCCUCUGGCUCUCUGUGACCGACCCUUCUCCCUCCUGGGCUUUGGGGAUAUUUUAGUACCAGGUCUGCUGGUGGCAUACUGUCACAGGUUUGACAUUUUAACACAAUCCUCCAGGAUCUAUUUUGUGGCCUGUACAAUCGCGUAUGGCAUCGGCCUGCUGAUCACCUUCGUGGCCCUGGCCGUGAUGCAGAUGGGUCAGCCGGCCCUGCUCUACUUGGUGCCUUGCACUCUGCUCACCAGCCUCACUGUAGCGCUGUGGCGCGAGGAGUUGCCCCAGUUCUGGACUGGAAGUGGAUUUGUGCCUGCCAUAGUCCUCGCACCCAUCAACUGUACACAAACUCCAGCACCGCAGACAAAGGGACCCUCAACAAAACUAGAGCCACAAACUGAUGAGGCCACCAAUCAGAGCAAAGAUCCCCCCCCACCUCAAGAAACCCCCCCAGAAGAGAAAGACGAAGAGGAAAACAAAUCUGACCGAAAGGACAACUAGUACAGCAUUUCAUACUUCACUUCAUGUUUUUAUUUGUUGUCGAGAUUUGUUUCUUUUUAUUUUGUUGUCUCAGUCAAUGGACAUUUGAAGUACGGACAUUUAUUUGCACUUGGUGCGAAGGGAAGAGCAGCAGAGGUUUGUUUUCCUGAAUUGCUGGCUCAGCGGGGCACCGGGACCGGACACAUAAGGUCUAGGCAUUAAACUGACACACUAAUUACCAGAUCUCCACAAACUCUUUCUACUAUUUAACAGUCUGGAACCUCAUAAUGAGAGUAAGAAGAAGCUUAACAGCCCUGAAGGCUCCGUUCAAACAGAUUGAUUACAAUUGAAUUAAUUUGAUAAGGGGAUUUUUUUUUUUUUUUAUUGGGGUGAGGUAAAUUGAUUUUUUUCAUGACUUGUUAGUAGUUUUGCUAAUUGCUAAUUCCCCUUUAAUUCGACCUCCUCUGGUGCUCCACAAAGAACAAAUGAUGGAGCUGCAGUGAUCUGGAUAAUUAAAUAACCAUUUAAGCCUUUUUUAAUGCAAACAUGCCAAAGAUUGGCUGAGAGUACUUUCCCCAGUUGAAGCUUUUCAGUGUCAAAUGAAAGUCAAUUGAAUAUCCUUUGUGUCCUUUUUUAGUUUAAACAACAAAAGAGUGGGCAUUUCCACUCUGUCCUGACAUGCUCGAGACCAACGUGACUGAGAAUCUGAAAAUGAUUUUAAAAAAGAGCAAAGAGGUCAAUCAUGGAAGUGAUUGCUGAUUUUAGCUCCACAGUUAAAAGGAGAUUGAUGUUAGUGUUUCAAACACACAUUGACUUCUUUAUUAAAUAAAAGGGUGUUUAGUUUAAUACAGUAUGACAAUGUAGAGCUCAAAUGUGAGAUCUUGUACUGGUUUGUUAGACGUUUACUGCACAUGCUCUGCAAGUAGCCCGAAGUAGCCUAUAGAAUAUAGUUUUACCGUUGACCCUGCUGCUAUUUCAGUGCUUUAAAAAGGUCUCAGUAUACUUCAAAUGAACAGGUUUUCAAAGCUACUGACAGGAGUUUUAAGCUGGUUAUGAAAAAAAAGACUGAAAUUUAUACUGACCUCUUUAUGACCUAUAAAAGCUAAAGAGAACAAUAAGCAACAAGAUUGAUUAUUGCUCUAUAGUCACUUGGACCCACUGAGGGGUUAGGUGUCAGACAAAGUGUUCAGCUGCAACCUGCCUAGACAACCUCUUAUUUUUCUAGAGAUUCUUCACAGCAAAGACUCUUGAUGAGUGACAUGUUAGUCUGUUAAAACAGUAGGAUGAGAUUCACAUGUAAGAGAAAAAAUGACACAUAACCAAAAAGUUUUAAGAUGUCAUGUAAAGCAUACCGAGACCUUUAUUUUGAAAAGCACAAGCACUCACACACACCAUAAUAAGCCAUUCAGCUCUCCAUAUUUCUCUCUGACAUAAACCACGUUACAAAGAGUUUCACACACUUUCAAAUGUGGUGCUAUCAUGGUUGUUGACUGAGCCAAAGCUUUUACUUUGAUUUGUUGUCUCUUCUUUCUUUUUGAUGGUUUUUUUUUUCCUCUUUUGCAUGCUAUGGUUUAACAUUUCUACCCUUUCUAUAAAACCAGUGUAUAACCCUGUAGUGCAGACUUGUAUAACUUUUUGGUGGUGCGACAGGUAAAAUGUCGGAGACUUGAACCCCAAGUUGUAACUGAUAUUGUCUUAAGAAUUUGUUUUGGCCUUAGAUGCGUUAAAUCGGGGGGGGAGGCUGCAGCAGAAUUGGUAGAGGUUGCUUUAUGAUGAACACGAGUACUGUACUCUGAAGGCUGAUGUGCUGCAGUUUGAGCUGAGGAACGAGUGACGGGUUGUGUUACGGAUGUCUCUAGGUUGGUUUAUACGAAGCGUUUGCACAAUAUUUUUUGAACUUGUGAGCUGACAUUUGUUGGUUCAUGUCUAUAUAUGUCUAUGUAUAAAAAAAAAAAACGUAUACAGGGGUGUAAAGAAAAGAAGAAGGUAUCAAUAUAUCCAGUACUCAUCCUGUUUUUUCUGAACCAAGAGUGUCAUUCUCAUGUUAAUGAAGCCUGUUGAUCACCUCUGCGUAGAAGUAAAGGGUCAAAGAGUAAAAAAAAAAAA